AUGUAUGUCGUCAUGGAUCUGCCAGUCUCAUCAGUAUCAACACAGCAUCCUUGGUUCCGUGACGGUGAAACAGAUGUGUUUGUGACGGCCAAGGAAGGGACUCCCGCCUUCAACCAACCAAACUUCCACAAAUUCCCUCAGCGUGAACGCUACCAAGUAUCUUGGCUAUCCAACGGAAUCGAAUCCUGUGCUGAAUUGGUCCAGCGCUAA